AUGCCAAAGUUGUUGCUUCAUGGUACCAGUUUCGACUCUGGAAUUGAUUCAUGUAACCAGCAGCGUCACUCGAAUUCAGCUAAGCAACCGACUUUGGGUAAUCCAGAGAGAAAGGGUAGUCAUGAUCAUCCAAACCCUCUAGAAGGAAGUGUAAACAUCAUGAAUAAACAGUGUUCGAAUAUCUUGCAGUCAAUGGGUCAGGCGCUUCAUGUUUAUGAUCAGAAUGGUCUGGUAACUUACUGGAACCGUACGGCUGAGCAGCUUUAUGGUUACUCCAAGUCCGAAGCGCUUGGUCGGAGUAUUAUUCACCUCGUUGUUGAAGAGCCUGACUUCAAUGUAGCAGACGAAAUAAUACGCAGAGGUCCCUUAGGGCAACAGUGGACAGGACAGUUUCCAGUCAGGAAUAAACAAGGGAGACGAUUUCAAAUUUAUAUAACCACUACUCCAUUUUAUGAUGAUUGCGGUGCUUUUGCUGGGGUUGUUUGUUUAUCAAGUGAUUCUCAGUGCUUUCUAGAAAUGCUAACACCAUUUUCUACUGGAACAAAUCCUUCUUCUGUAACCGCGUGCCACGGCUCUUGUGAGCCACGUAGAUGUGGUGUACCAACAACUUCUGGUCUUCAGUAUCAGCGAAAACCUUUUCAAGUUGUGAUUGCUUCCAAAAUAUUGAAUCUGAUAUCAAGAAUGACCAAAAUAGUACAGUUAAAAAUCAGAACUCAGAAGAAAAAUUUUAAAUGGACAACUCAGGGUAGAAAUAACAGGUACUACAAUCAACAAGGUUCUUUAGAGACUGGGUCCUCUGGCCCCAGGGUGGAUGCCUUGAAAAACCUACCCCAGGGAGAACUCUUUGGAGGUUUUGAUGUCGAGGAUGAAGGUAAAGUGGUGUUCUGCAAAAUGAUAAAGUCUAGGGUGAAGGGAAUAUUCUUGCCAUGUGUACAAAAUGGGCUUGCAGCAAGGACUGCCACCCUUGGUGUAGUGUCUCAUGAACAAGGAAAUGUUGUCAACCCGCAGAAAAGGUCUGACCAACAAGACCUGCAGGUUGUUGGGAGUAGCCCGUUCGGUAGAAAUGAAGCCUCUAGCUCACUGUCACCUACUUUUAAAGCUGAUCGAAGAAGCAAUCUGGGUAAACGUUGCAGCAUCAGGCCACACCAUGAAUUCAACGUGGAAGCAGACUCCUUGAAUUAUGAUAUCUCGUGGGAAGACUUGACAUUCGGUGAACAAGUAGGGCGAGGUUCAUGUGCAGCUGUUUAUCGGGGCUGUUGGUGUGGCUCGGAUGUUGCGGUAAAGGUAUUUCCCAAAUUUGAGUACUCAGAUGACUUGCUACGCUCGUUCAAGCAAGAGGUAAUACUUAUGAAGAGACUCUGGCAUCCAAAUGUGUUACUCUUUAUUGGAGCAGUGACUUCACCGCAGCAUCUGUGCAUUGUCACUGAGUUCCUUCCGCGUGGAAGUUUGUUUCAGUUGCUUCGACGUAAGACUCCUCUAGAAUGGAAACGACGUGUUCCCAUGGCUUUGGACAUUGCACGAGGUAUGAAUUACCUUCAUCAUUACAAACCACUGAUCAUUCACCGUGAUUUGAAGUCAUCGAAUUUGUUGGUUGACAAGAACUGGACCUUUAAGGUUGGUGAUUUUGGUCUCUCACGUCUGAAGCAUGCAACAUUUUUGACUACAAAUAUUGGGGAAGGAACUCCACAAUGGAUGGCGCCAGAGGUUAUUCGUAAUGAGCCAGCAGAUGAAAAGUCUGAUGUAUAUAGCUUUGGGGUAAUCCUGUGGGAGCUUGGCACACUCAAAAUCCCCUGGGAUGACCUGAACUCAAUGCAGGUGAUUGCAGCUGUAGGAUUCAUGGACCAACAAAUUGAGAUCCCAAAAGACACCCACCCACAAUGGGCAUCUCUAAUUGAGAAUUGCUUGAACAGUGACCCAACAAGACGUCCAACAUUCGAGAAACUGCUUGAGAGGUUACAAGUUCUACAGAGGUAUUAUUCGGCUCAAAAGCUCAUUGUUUCGGAUGAUCCACAACAAACGUUUCUACUACGGGCAAUGGCUGCUAAAGCGAGAGCAUUCGUUGAAACAGAUAGAGAACCCCAACUUCUCAACUUGGAUAAUAACCCAUUAACGGUAUCAUGCAUAUACUAA